CUUCAUCCUCUGCUGGACUAUCACGGGAAUCCCUUUAACAUUUCUCUCCCCCAAGGAUACAUCAUCGUGAGUUUCAUAGAGCGGAAAACACAGGAUACGAGCAGGAGAGUUCGUAAGAUCCCUUGAAGAAAAGGAUUAUGAAGACUCCCUCAUAGCAGGUGAAAUAUUCCUUGCUUGUAAACACAGAAACAAAGCAAGACGCAACACAACAAACUAAAGGAAAUAAUUGAGCUACAUCAGGUAGACCUUUUAGGACAUAGUCAUGUCGAUUGGACUAAAGCAAGUGUUCAACAAAGACAAGACUUUCAGGCCUAAACGGAAAUUUGACCCGGGCACUCAGAGGUUUGAACUGCAUAAAAGAGCUCAAGCAUCUUUGACCUCAGGAGUUGACCUGAAAGCUGCUGUUCAAUUGCCCCAUGGAGAGGAUCUCAACGACUGGGUUGCAGUUCACGUUGUGGACUUUUUCAACAGAAUUAACCUCAUUUAUGGAACCAUCUGUGACUUCUGCACGGAAAGGACUUGCCCAGUUAUGUCCGGAGGCCCUAAAUAUGAGUACAGGUGGCAAGAUGAUCUGAAAUACAAAAAGCCUACUGCCUUACCAGCACCUAAUUAUAUGAAUCUUCUUAUGGACUGGAUUGAGGUGCAAAUCAACAACGAAGAUAUAUUCCCUACAAGUGUGGGGGUCCCUUUUCCUAAAAACUUUCUUCAGAUCUGCAAGAAGAUCCUGUGUCGGCUAUUCCGGGUCUUUGUGCAUGUCUACAUCCAUCACUUUGACCGUAUCAUCAUCAUGGGAGCAGAAGCACACGUGAACACAUGCUACAAGCACUUUUACUACUUUGUAACAGAACUGAACCUCAUAGACCGCAAGGAGCUUGAACCUCUGAAAGAGAUGUCAUUACGAAUGUUCCAGUGAAGAUGGAAGUUGCACCCAUGGAAGUUAUGAAUGUGGACAAAAGGACUGUCAUGCAACGGCAGGAAUGGCUACUGAAUGGCCAGAAACCUUCAGUGCUGCUAGAAUAUUCUUUGGGACAGCAGGACCAGAUAACUAAACGUCUUGCAUAGUGCAUUCACAUUCUUUACUAUGAUCACUAUACCACACUGCUUCUCUAGAAUGCUGGUUGUCAAAAUAAUUUAUAAUAAUUUCCCAAAACUUUUUGUCUUUGAGAAAA